AACAAAAUGGCCACUUACCUGGUUUGUUUUGUCUUGUUGUUUUCGUUUGUUAAUUCAUUGAAAUACGACCCAACAUGGGAUUCUUUAGACGCAAGACCACUUCCAUCAUGGUAUGAUGAUGCUAAGCUUGGUAUAUUUAUUCACUGGGGUGUAUUUUCUGUACCAGCCUUUUCAUCGGAGUGGUUUUGGUGGCAAUGGAAAGGCAAACCAAUGCCGGCUGUUGUGGAUUACAUGCAGAAAAACUACCGUCCAGAUUUUACUUAUGCAGAUUUUGCAGCUAUGUUCACAACAGAAUUUUUUGUUCCAGAGGAAUGGGCAGAAAUGUUUCAGGAUUCUGGUGCAAAAUACAUUGUAUUAGUCAGUAAACAUCAUGAAGGUUACACGAAUUGGCCAUCCAAGUAUUCCUUUAACUGGAAUUCUAAUGCUACUGGUCCUAACAGAGAUCUUGUUGGAGAGUUAGCUGCUGCAGUUAGAGCGAAAACACAGAUGAAGUUUGGAUUAUAUCACUCUCUGUUUGAAUGGUUUAACCCAAGAUAUUUGGAUGACAAAGAGUCAGGAUUUAAGAAACAAGACUUUGUCAGGACUAAGACUAUGCCUGAAUUAUAUGAACUGGUGAAUGCAUACAAACCUGAAGUUAUAUGGUCUGAUGGAGACUGGGAGGCUGCUGAUGCCUACUGGAAUUCAACCAACUUCCUGGCUUGGCUUUAUAAUGAAAGUCCAGUAAAAGAUACAGUAGUGACCAAUGAUAGAUGGGGAUCUGGAUGUUCCUGUAAACAUGGUGGAUUUUAUACAUGUUCUGAUCGAUAUAAUCCAGGCAAGGUGCAGAAACACAAAUGGGAGAACGCUAUGACAAUAGACAAAUAUUCCUGGGGAUACCGCAGAAAUGCUAGGCUUGAAGACUACCUUACAAUAGAGGAUCUUUUAAAACAGUUUAUUUCUACUGUCAGCUGCGGAGGUAAUAUGUUGAUGAAUGUUGGUCCUACAAAAUAUGGAAAGAUUAGUCCUAUUUAUGAAGAGAGACUCCGUCAGAUGGGACAAUGGCUGCGAGUAAAUGGAGAUGGAAUCUAUGGAACUAAACCCUGGGUUCACCAGAAUGACACUGUAGUUAAAAAUGUGUGGUAUACAAUGAAGAAGGGUGCUACAGAAACUGAUGUUUAUGCAAUACUGCUGGAAUGGCCCGACAAUAACUUGGUAAAACUUGGAGCACCUAUAACAUCGAAAGAAACAACUGUCAGCAUGUUGGGAUAUCCUGAAAAAGUGACAUGGACAGCUGGUGCAGGUGGAAAAGGAAUCAAUAUACAGAUACCACCCUUGUCUGUGGAAACAAUGCCAUGUGAAUGGGCAUGGACAUUUAAAAUGACAGGUUUACAGAACUAAUCAGGAUUGUGCUUCUUUUUAACAAUCAAUAUAGGAAAACUCCAAUAUCUAUGAUGAGUUUAUUUAUCCAAUGAGUCAUAGAUUUGAAAAUGGAAGAUAAAACUUUUUGUUGGAAAUCCUAUAUGUGGGAUGAUAAAUGAAAUAGAUUAUUACGUGUGAAUGAUUUAAAUCUUGAUGGAAGACAGAAAAUUUGUUCAAAGGGUCAAUUAGUUAACCAAAAGUUAUUAUUAAAAUCUUUCUUCGUGUUUGGCUUUUACCAGGUACAAGUUUUAUAAAUCCUAAAUUAUUUUACAUUUUUCAGGAUUUUGGGGUGAACAUUCCUAGAAAGGAAAAAAUUACUUUAUAAAACUUCUCACUGAAAUAAACAUUUAAUGAUUUAUUUAGUAAUUAAGGACAAAAAUCCAUGUUAACAAAUGUUUCUUGUGAACUUCUACCAGAUUGCACUUUACUAGAGUUUCAUGGAAUAAUGUAAUUUGAAAUUAUCAUGAAAACAUGUGUGAUAUGCCAUUUAAUAUUAUUGCAAGUUUUUAUUUUUAUAUGAGAUUACAUAUCAUAGAAUAUUUGUUACUUGUUCAGAAAAACUGAUAAUAGACUGUAUGUGUAAUUAGUUUAAUUUUAUUUAUACUCAUAGUAAUGUGUAUACCCAUUUGUAUUUAAAAGUGCAAUAUAUGUAAUGUUAACACAUGAUCUAUAGUACUUUAUACCUUCAUAUUACAGAAGAUUUAUCUGAGCACAAGUUUUUUUUAUAAAUUAAUGAUAUUUAAUAUCAUUUAGAUGUUAAAAUAAAACUAAAAAAAAACAUUAUGGACAAAAUAUGUUGGUUGAUAUAAAAUUAAUAUUUGUAAGGAAUCUGAUUCAGCCUGAUAGCUUAAAUUUGUUCAAUUAUUUAAUUUCGUCCAUGUUGUAUUCAUGAAAUUGUUACAAAUGAUAAAAUGUAAGUAAUUAGGCAUGGUUCACCUUACAUUGAUAAAAUAUAACAAGUCACAAUUUUAAAGGAGCAUCAGCUAACAAAUUCAUGAUCACCGACUUGACUUAAAUUCUCAUAUUUGAUUUAUAACAUUAUAUAGCGAAUAUCAAAAUUCAGAAAUCUAUCCAUAACUGAACUUUCCAGAAAUUUAUUUACUAGAUGAUGGUUAGAUAAUGUUGAUACGAAUAUGCAGUUUAUAUAGGAAAGAAUUGUUGACAUUUUCAGUUUUGCUAUUCGAAUGAGAAUCAGAUGAAAUUCUUGACCAUUUGAGUAUGUGUCAUAGUAAGAAACUGUAGAACAUACAUCAAGUAAUUUAAUAGUUCCAUCAUAAAAAGAUAAUACUGUAAAUUCAGAAAUUAUUGCGAUGUUUUUAUUAUUACGAAAAAUGCGACAGGGUUAUAAUCGCAAUAAUUUAAACUCGCAUUUUGAAAUUUUUAAUAUGAAUCAAACAGUAUUUUUCUCAAUAUCGCAAAAGUUAAAAUCCCAUUUUAGUCUAAAAUGACAAAAUCACAAUAAUAAAUGCACGCAAUAAUUUCUGAAUUUACAGUAAAUAACUCAAAUCAGUACUAGUAUAAUGAUUAAGAACCCAUUUUGUGUAAAUGUGUGUCCAUUACUAUACAUUCCAAUGAUUUCUCUUUCAUUAUUGAUUUUUCUAUUUACUACUUUACAUUUUUGUAUUUUAUUGAAAUCCUAAAUUUUAUUAAAAUAUAUGCUUAAAA